UGGCAACACUGCAUAUCAUACCAAGCCGUGAAUUUGGCGUAACGGUGGCUUCCCCGAUCAUCGCAUUGUUUGCUUGCUGUAAAAAACAAGUGAAAUAGAGUGCGGAAUUGCAGCGUCGUGCCUGGACUGUAAAGCAAAGUGUUGGUUUGGUCGGUGUACUGUGCAAUGCAAUGGAGUGGCAAUUUAUAAUACCUCAAGCAAGAGCGGAGCUUUUGCGAUCGGAUAAAAACCAUUACUGCGUCGGUCGAGUACUUGACGUCGCCGAAGUCCCGGAUGCGCUGAAGGCUUCGCGAGUGAUUUCGAGCGACCCGUUCGCUAUAUUCGACCAUUUCGAUACGUUCUACUCGGUAAUCGACAAUGAGAAGGCUUUGGCAGGGACGCAUCUGCUGCGUGCCUACGAUCAGCUCUACGGUGCUAUCGACAAGCUCGGCAGUACGAUGGCGGACCUGCUGUCCCGGAAGGAGAUAGACACCACCGAUCGGCAGUCCGCACUGAAUGCGGUCAAAAUGUUGGCCUUCCUGGUGAACGGCCUGGUGAAGGCAAUUGAUGCGCAUGUAAAUGCCGCCAGCGAGAAGCUGACAACAAAGAAGAGCAAAAAGCAGACGGCCAACGAGCAGCUGGAGGCGUUGGAUUGGGACAACAAACGGUACCAGUGCGUCGUCCAGCUGUACAAUUUGUUGCAGCUUCCGCUGGAGAAGCUGUGGGAUCCGCCGGUCUGUGAGGAAUCGUUUGUAGAUGUUAUUUGUGAUAUCUGCUACCGGACGCUGGAGCAAUCGUACGUGCGGAAUCGCAGCACCGCGGACAGUGUGUUUCAGAUUCUGGGAACCGCGAUCAAGCGCUACAAUCAUUCGCUUGCCUUUCCCGUGCGCAUUCUGCAGAUUCUCGAACACAUCGAAGCGGCAAUCCCUUCCGUAGCGGCUGGAGUAUUGCUGCUCUACGAGGAAUUCGGUAUACAGACAAUCUAUCCCGUCAUUAUCAAGGAAAUCAUCGAACGGCUAAGCGUCGACUCGGCCGAUCAGCAGACGGCACGCUUUUUCAGCCUUUUUCUGGUCGAGCUUGGUACGCUUGCGCCGAAGCUGAUGAUACCGCAUCUCUCGACGCUGAGCGAGGAGCUGCUGAAUCUGGAAUCGUACACACUGCGCAACUGCGUGCUCCAGAUAAUGGGCGAAGCGAUCGUCAGUGAGCUCACGUCGGAAGAGCUGUCGGACGAGCUGAAAGAGACGCGCGAUGAGUUUUUGGAGGAUCUGCUCAACCACAUGAUGGAUAUAUCGGCCCAUGUGCGGUCGAAGGUACUGCAGAUAUGGUUGAAUCUCAAGGAGCACAAUUCUGUACCGUUGGCAUGGAUACACAAGGUGCUGCACGUGGCCGUCGAGCGACUGGAGGAUAAAGCGCUUCUUGUACGCAAGCAAGCCAUUGCGCUGAUCAAAGCUUUCCUAGAACACAAUCCAUUUUCGGCAAAGCUGUCUCUGGCUGAGCUGAGGGCCCAAUACGAGGAGGAAGAUAAAAAGCUACAGGAUCUUCGCACUCAGCUGGUGGAGCAAGAUACUAAAAUGAAAGCGGUCGAAGAGGAAUGGGAAGAGAUCGUGGUGCAGAUGUACCCAACACUAACGGAGCUGUUUGGCAAGGAGCCGGAAGAUCUGGAAACAGCAACGGAAGCCGAUGUAAAAUUGCUUUCCGAGAGUAUCAUCUCGUUGCUAAAGGAGGAAAAAUACCAAGAACUGGUACGGUUGGUACAGCGGGCCGACUAUGCGCUUGGUAACAGUGAACAGCGAAAAGAGAUGACGUUCGAGCAUCAGUGCAUGUACUACAUCACACUGCUUAAAAGCUACUUCAUUCAUGGUCAUACGAAUGUGACACUGAAUGCCGAGUUCCAGAAGGUGGAAAAUUCGGUCAACUUCCUGCACGAUUCUAUCCGCUUCUCAGAGCUAAUAUCGAAUGCCGUUCCGAAGUUGCUGGAGAUGCUCAUGUCAAAGUCUCAAUCGGACGUUCAUGGCGCAAUCGACUUCUUUACCUCGGCGUAUCUUUUCGGUAUAAAGGGCACGGAACAGGGCAUGCAGCAGAUGCUUUAUCUCGUGUGGUCUACCGACAAGGAGAAGCGCGAGAAUGUAACUGCCGCCUACAAACGGGUGCUGUUCGAGACGAAUCUGCAGGGCCGGGCACACACGGUCAAAGUGGUACGCAAUCUGAGCCAAUUCCUUACGAAUCUGACCCGUGGCCAGUACACGGCAAUGGAGGUGCUCGUACAGGAGUGGGUCGAAAACGGUGACAUCGAUGCGCAGAUGGUGCAGGUUCUGUUCGAAAUCUUCACCCUGAAGCUGGAGAAUGUGUCGCCGGAGGAAUCGCGUCAAGCGCUUCAGCUGCUGGUGAUGGUAUCGGCGGCGAAACCGUCGGUUGUAACGGCUAACCAGCGCCUGCUGGAAACGAUCGGAUUCGAGGAGCGGGGACGCAAAGAUCCUCGAAUUUUUGUCGCCACGUUAGACUUGCUUAUCAACUCCAUUCCGCCGGCAACAAACAGCUCGAAAUAUUACAAGCGCUUCGAUCAUACGUCCUCCACCGUGCAGCACGUAAUCGAUCUGUACACAAAGCUGUUCUUCUGCUCGCGUGUGGAUAACUUUGACGAUAUCGGUACCAAGGUGUUUGAUUUUAUCUACAAAAUGGUCAAAACACCAGACCUGCUCUCGCAAUCGAUCGUGGUAGCAUUGUACGAGCGGUUGCAGAAGCUCGCAGAAUCGAGCACAGCAGACGCCAGCUCCGAAGAGAUACGCAUGUCCCAGAUGAGUCAAAUAUCGGGAUCCACGCAAGAACAGAACAGCCGUGGGUCGCAGAACAUGACACAGCCAGAGCAGCUGAUUCUAGACAUUCCUCACUUUUUGGCUGCCCGAUUUGUCUUCACCAUCGGGUACGUUGCAAUGCGCGAGAUGAUCUAUUUAGAUAUUGACGUGUACAGCAACAUGAAAUAUCGGCAGGAGUUGAAGGAAGAGUUAAAAAAUCAGAAGAAGAAAAAUGCCGCCUUGGCGGGCAACAAGAGUGUGAUGGCGACGCCGGUUCGUCCCGGAACGGCAGCACAGAUGAGAAAAACGCUCUCUACCUCCAUGAACGUAUCGGCCAGCAAUGCGCUGAAGCGUCUGUCCGGUUCAACCGGAGCAGCAGGAAGCAAUGGUCCGGAGCAGGCCGAGCCGGAAGAGGAACUGUUGAGCGGUGCCACGGCAGAGGAUGCGGUCGCGGAAGAGAUUAACUACAUUUGCGAGCAGGAACUGCUCUACGGUAGGGACAAUCUGCUGAACCGUUUAAUUCCUACGGUGCUGGAGGUGUGCAAGUUCCCGAACCGCUAUCGGGACGAAAUGCUACAAAAAGCGGCCGUUCUGACGCUGAUCCGUCUGAUGGCCGUAUCGUCCAAAUUCUGUGAAGACAACAUGCCAUUUCUGAUGAACAUUUUCAAGCACACGAAAAACACCAACAUUAAAUGCAACAUCAUGAUCGGUCUGUCGGACUUUACCUUCCGCUUUCCAAACGUGAUUGAACCGUGGACAAAGCACAUGUACUCGACGCUGUAUGAGCAGGACGUGGAGCUGCGUAUGACGGCGGUGAAGAUGUUGUCUCAUCUGAUCCUGCACGAGAUGAUACGCGUCAAGGGGCAGAUUUCGGACCUGGCGCUCUGCAUCGUCGAUCCGGUAAAGGACAUUCGCACCAUCACGGAGCAGUUCUUCAAGGAGAUUGCGAACAAAUCGAACAUUUUGUACAACGUGCUGCCGGACAUCAUUUCACGCCUGAGUGACCCGAAUCUGGACCUUGAGGAGGAAAAGUACCACAUUAUCAUGCGAUACAUCAUCGGGCUGAUCAACAAGGACAAACAGAUCGAGAGUUUGGUGGAGAAGCUGUGUCUCCGGUUCCGGGUAACGAAGGAGGUGCGGCAGUGGCGAGACAUUGCCUUUUGCCUGUCGCUGCUGUCGUACAACGAGAAGACGAUCAAGAAGCUGAGCGAAAACAUUGGUUGCUUUAAGGAUAAGGUGCAGCACGAGGAGAUUUACCAGUCAUUCCGAACGAUUAUCAGCAAUACGAACAAGCUGGCGAAGGUGGAACUAAAGAACGCAGUUGGCGAAUUUGAAACGCGACUAAAGGAAUGUCUGGAGGUACGCGAUGAAACUAGGGAUGCUGCAGGCAGUAAUAACGCUGCGGGAGGUUCCUCAGAUGAAGCGAACAGUGAAAUUGCAUCCACCUCGGAUAAAACAUCCAACGCAGCAGCAAGGAGAGGGCGAGCAAAGAUUGUCGAGCGAGGAACUAAACCAUCAGUGGCCGGCCGAGGAAAUAAAACUUCCAAGAAACCCGGCAACAGUAAACCAGCGGGACGCCGCGGCAAAGCGGUACAAGACUCGUCCGACGAGGAAGACAGCGACAGCGAGGAAGAAAAUCUGCCCCCCGCAUCGAGUUCGCGAGCUAUAGCCAGAGCACGCCAAAAUAUGAAGAUUACCAAAGUCAUCGAAAGUGACAAUUCAGAUGACGAAGAGGAGGAGAAGGAAGAGCUGCCCCCGAAACGUGGGAAAACGAAACGGUAGCAUCGCUCCCAAUGAUCCUGUGUCGCGUCGCCGGGCACAUAUCCUCCUAAUCAACAUGUCACACAAGCGGCAAUGUCCCUUUCUACAUAGAACCCCAACCUUUUCCCGGUCCAAGUAAUCCUGCCUCUUCGAGCAUCGCCUUGGCGGGGACCUUGCAUGUUAGUGUGUGUGUGUGUGUUCCUCCUCUUCCACCAGGUGGGUGUGUGUAUGUUUUGUUCAAUGUUGAUAGUAAUUUAUUACCCUAAAAUAUAGUUUUAAUGUUAAUUUAACGAAUAGCUGUUAAAUUUAAUGUAUUUUACAAAAAUAAUAAAAAAAACACUUACCUGACUCAUGCAGACAUAGAAAGAACGCUAGAUGAUAGGACGAUGAGCAUGAAAGCAUUUCAGUAGCAUUCGAUCUUCUCGGCGGGGUUUUGAAAGCUGCUGCUGGCUGCCUUACAGUUCCGGUUCAUCUUUUAUCACGCAGGAAUUCACAGGUCAUACGCGUAAUUCGGCUUUCUCAUCUAACUGGUAACAAAUUGGAUUAAUAAUAAUAAUAAUAAUCAAAUGAUUGAUUUUGUUUUAUUAUUUGCUUCAAUAUUUUUACACCCUCGAAUACUUUUCACUCGUAUCUCGCUUCACAGACGCGCGUACAUACACACACGCAUACACACCCACGUGCGCUCAUUACACUACAGCCUUCCUUUGUCCUAUAGAUAUCCUUGUCCUCAUGUGCUUCUUGUGUGAGCAGUACGGAGAGCAGAGUUUCAGUUGGGGCCUUAUUAUUGUGUUUUGUGGGUUUGAGUUAAUGGUUCACCUUUUUUUCUCGCUCUCUCUCAUCUCUGUCUGCAUUUGAAUGUUUUCCUUGUAACGUUCGAACUUUUGAAUUUUAAUUUAUCUACACUUGCGCACUUCGCUGCUCUUGCUAGCCAUGUGUUUCCUCGGUACGUACGGUAUUUUCUGUAUCACUAUUCUUACGCGCGCGCACAAUCGUACCGUCGUACACGCCCGCCACACCACCACCACACCUCCAUACACACAACGGUGGUAGGAGAGUGUGAUAUGACUGGUUCGCCAUUUUGAGCCGAAAUGAGCGAUAAGGAUGGUUCCGAAACCGACACGCCGACAUCAUCAUGCAUGCACACUUAAGUUUCAAUUAUUGCAAUAUUCAUCCACAGAGAUUGCCUGCCGCCGGGUCGACGAACAGGCGUUCGUCAAAAAGUGAUCGAUUCGUUAUCGUGUCCUCUAGUCUAGCGUAGGACAAUUUUGUACAUCCCAACUACGGAAAUGCAAAAUAAGCGAUCGAUCACAGUGCGUGUGUAGACGAGAUAGCCAACAAACUACACUGAGUUUAGUUUAGCAACAUGAAGCACACACACACAAACACACAUUUUCCAUACUGUGCACGUUGUAUCGUAUUUUUCGAUGUAGUAAAAAUACAGACCACGUGACAGAAACGUGUACGCUCCAUCCGUGGGCCAUACUAGAGAGCGCAACAAAUUUGCAUCGCAUUUUCUUGUCUGAUUAGAGAGAUAGCAGCUCUUUCUACUAUUCAAUCAUGUUUUUUUGGUUAGACGCCUUUUUAUCUAUUUUUGUUUUUACUACACACAUAUGUACCCCGUCCAAAAUCAUGGCCGUUGCGUGGUUCAUUUUUGAUUUUUUUCCAUUCCAACCGAGUGGGGUUUCCUUAUGAGAUAAACUAUCAUUCAUGCUUCAUGCUUCAAGGGGAAGAUGAACGAAGACGAACAAAACUACUAACUAGGUUCCAUUGCAUUAAACGUGCAUUACACAAUGCCAGGGGAUGCAAUUUCAUUCCUAUCUAUCUUCUAGCGGCUCGAACUUCAAUUUUUUGCCUUACUUCAAUUUUACAGAGGAUGUGUAUUGUUCUGUAAGCAGACAAGGGGAAGCAAUUUAAUUUACUAUCAGUUGCAUCACUUUUACACUCUCAGUAUAAUGUUUUCUUCUUGUUAUGUAUAAUAGUCUAUUGGUUCAAUUUCACACACAUUUCAGUUAGUCGGGAGGUUGUUCUGUUCUUGGCGGAAACGAUCGAAGCAAAAUGAGAAAACUAAUUGAUCGCUUUUAAAUCCGGAACAUUCAAAACAUCCGUAACACACAAAAAAGCGCCAGUUUUAGCAACAACAUACAAAGGAGAGCAAAAAAACAGGAGGCGAUUUGAGGAAUUGUUCGAUUGUAUCGUCGGUGUCACGGAAUGAACGGACCCAACUUCGUACUUACUCUGCACUUGUUGCUUCACUGAAGGGAACUUAUUUUCAAUGUUUCCUCUAGCCCUUUUCCGUACAAAAACAUAUCGUACACAACACAACUCGGUUACUACUGCCGCGAAAGCAAACCUAACACCACCAUCACUCUCUUCUUUUUGUUGUGUUUGCCUAAGAAAAAAAAGUGUUCAUCAUAUAGGCAACCCAAAC